CCCCCAGUGUAAAAAGUGCGCAUGCGUCGAAUUCUAAAUGGUAGAAAAUCAUUUAUUUACUUACACUUUUACAGUGACACUUAUGAAUUCAAUUUUGGAGGUGGCAUUGUUAUAAUAGUCAAGACAACCACAGCAGAAUGGCAGAGGUCGAAGAACCAUCAGAACACACCUACAUGAUAAGGCCAAACUUCCAACACAAAUUCAGACCAAUUGCUGUAAAGGAUUGCAUACAUGAGAUCCUAAGAAAUGAACUUGCUGGUAAAGAGUAUGACCCAGAAGAGGUUUCAGAACUGACUAAGCAACUUUCCACCGAGAUUAAGGAGAAGUUGAAAGAACUGGAGUAUGAGAGAUACAAAAUUGUUGUGCAAGUGAUAAUUGGAGAACAAAGGGGAGAAGGAGUGAAGGUUGCAAGCCGAUGUUUCUGGGACUGUGAUACAGAUAACUAUGCACAAGAUGUGUAUAUGAAUGACACUCUUUUCUGUGUAGCAGCAGCAUUUGGUGUGUACUACUACUGAGGUUGGUCUUCUCACAAGCCUUUCAAAGCAGUUGCAUGCACCUGGACAGCUCAUCUUGUGUGUGAGAUCCACUGCUCAGCAUUGGGGCAGCAACAGGUAUAGCUGUGUCCAUUUCAGGUAUAGGAGCACCAUUCUUCAACGUCUGAAACGCAUAGCCUGUUACUACACCGUGAUACGCUGGUAGCAGACUAAAUUCCGUCCAAUUCAUUCUAUAGUAUAGGGUUAUCUUAUAUUUACUGUUUAUUAUGCACGUGUUUGUGUUGCAGUUAGUUCGUAAUUAGUGUACUGUAAUUUUUGCUGUAAAGUUUUUUAUUAGAAAAUAAUUAGAGCUGGCUAAGAUGUAUGUGUAUAAAGGUUAAAUCUUAUAUGCAUGAGAGA